AUGAAAGUACUGUUACUUACUAGUCUUUUACUUCUUUCAACCCUUGCUCAAGAAACAAAUGAAGAGGUACAAGAUUUUAAUGAAGAAGAAAAUUUACAAAUAUCACAUUCUGAAUUUGUUAGACCUAGAAAACCACAACCAGCUUCUGAACGAAAAGACUUACAUUCCAAAAGUUAUAAAAUGGAAUAUAUUACAUUAUUCUUUGUGAUUAUAUAUUUUGUAUAUUUCUUUAUUGGUAAAUCUAGUAAUACUAGUGUAGUAACAGAAUAUGCACAUUUUGCUCAUGCUGCAAUAUUUAAAUACUUUAAAAAAGGAAAUAGGAAAUCAGAAGUUCCUGUUGGAAUUAUGAGUGUUUCAUGUAAUAAAUUUGUUAUUGAAUGUUAUGAUCAUCCUUUAAUAAAAGGCGCUUGUCUUAAUUUCAAUUUGGUGAAAAGACAAGAACUCUUUAAUCAUCUUUUUUCUCUUAUUACUAAACAACAAGAUGAAUUAAUAAUUGAUGUUGUGUUCAAUAAAGGUAUUGCACCACCUUGUAUUUAUGGUAUUUGUAAAAGUAAACAAGAAAAAAAAUUAAGAAAACAAUAUUCAGAAAUUUCAAAAUUCUGUAAAACUAGAAAUGGAGCACAAAUGAAAUUAUCAGAAAAAUAUGUUGUUUUUAGUGAUGCAUUUGAUUCAACAGGAAUUUUAAAUCAACCAAUGAUUGAUUUUAUCAAUUUAUAUGAAAAAGAAUUUAAUUAUUUCAUCUUAUCUGAUCAAUCCACAUCAGUUUGUGAUGAAAAAUCUUUAAUGAGAUGUAGUAUUAAAAUUUGUAAUGGAGAAAUUAUUUCAAAAGCUACUGACCUUAUUUUUGGAUUAGCUAAUUCUAUUAAUAAAGUGACAAUUAAACCUUAUCUUCUUGAAAAAUGUAAAGCAGUUAGAGCAGAAAUUCAAGAAGAAGAAGAAAAGGAAAGAGCAAAGAAAAUCAGAGAAGAAAAUGCUGAAAGAAUAGAAAAAGAAAAGGCAAUGAAGAUUAAUGCUAUGACACCUGAAGAAAGACGAAAAUAUGAAGAAAAACAAAGAAAUAAACUUGUUAAAAGAAAACAAGUAAAAGUAAGAAUGGGAUAA